AUGGGAAUUAAGGGCCUUUCCAAGCUCAUUACGGCCUACGCUCCGAAAGCUAUGAAGGAAGUAGAGUCGAAGAGGUAUAUCGGGCGUAUGAUUGCGAUUGAUGCCAGUGUGAUGAUCUAUCAGUCCCUCGUGGCAAUUCGCAUGAAUAAUCAGUUUGCAUCGGUUAUGCUUACAAACGCGGAGGGCGAAGUAACGAGCCAUAUUCAGGGAAUUCUGUCAAAAACCAUCAAGUUGAUGGAGGAUGGAAUCAAGCCCGUGUUUGUUUUCGAGGGCAAGCCUCCAGAAAUGAAACAGAACGAACUCGAGCGCCGUAAGCAGCUGCGCGAGAAGGCGGAAGAAGAGUUGAAAGACGCCAAAGAAGCGGAAAACCAGGAAGAAAUCGAGAAACUGAGCAAGCGAACGGUGCAUAUGGAAGGUGGUCAUAUCAACGACUGCAAGGAAUUGCUUCGUUUGAUGGGAGUUCCCGUGAUCGAUGCGGCGAGCGAAGCCGAAUCGCAAUGCGCGGAGCUUGCGAAGAAAAAGAAAGUGUGGGCGAUGGCGAGCGAGGAUAUGGACAGUCUGACGUUUGGAACGCCGGUGCUGAUUCGCCAUCUCACGAAGAGCCAGGGCGCCAAAAAAGACGCGCAGAGCAUUCUGGAAGUGGAUUUGGCGGAGGUUUUGGAGGCAAUGAAGCUCUCGAUGGACGAAUUUAUCGACUUGUGCAUUCUGUGCGGAUGCGAUUAUUGCGAUGGAAUUCGCGGAAUUGGCCAGGUGAAGGCGUAUCAGUUCAUCCAAAAGUACCGGACUAUUGAGAAAGUGAUCGAGAACCUUACGGACAAAUACCAGGUUCCCGAGAACUGGCCGUACCAGAAAGCACGUGAGUUGUUUAAAAACCCGUUGGUAACGCCCGCGGAGGAGAUCGAGGUGAAGUUUGGGGAGGUGGAUCGGAAGGGAUUGGUGGAGUUUCUGGUGGAUGCGAAGGGAUUCAAUGCGGAACGAGUGGAUAAUUACAUUGAUCGGUUGAUCAAGGCGAGGAGCAAGUGCCAGCAGAAGCGAAUGGAUUCGUUCUUCACGGUGAAAUCGCAGAAACGAACGGCGAAUGGAAAAGAAGCGGCGAAGAAACAGAAAAAGUGA